AGAUGUGUUGUAUCAAUGCAAAAAGCAGCGUGAUCGCGACGUGAGAAAAGUUCGUUUCUAUUCCGCAGGAGAUCAAAAAUCAAAGAUGAGGACGCUCCUUUCCCCACUUUUCCGACCUAUAAUCAGUUCCACGCCACACGGCGGCUACAUUCCGAGGAAGAGGCCAUGCUUUGCCUCCGCCCUCCUCUUUUACUGCAUCACGAGCUGUCUGAUCUCUCCGGGCUACAGCCUGGAUUUCGACCUGCUCGGUAUGCUAUUCGACUUCGUGCGCGGACCGGACCGCAAGCCCAUGCUGCGGAGAGUCAAGCCCAGGGGAACCAGUACGACGUCUAGCACCACACCAGCGGCGGAGGCGGAAGUGGAUGAGGAGGUGGCUGAAAGCGGUUCAACAUUGCCCGCAGGAGAAGCAACAGCAACAGCAGCGAUGGUGGAGGAACAAGCUGCGACCACUACUGCUGCGGAUGAAGAAGACGUUUUGCCCAAGAGGAGGAUCCGGAAGUUGCAGCCGCGCGGCACCAGAACUUCCACAGCUACUGCAACGAGUGCUGGAGCAGCUACUACUACUUUCGCGCCUGAGAAUGAAGCAGCUUUUGGUCGUGCUGGCACUACAAGUGGAGGGGAGGACACACUGCAGGACGAAAUAAGAGUAGCAGUGGCUGGGAGCAAGUCCUCAACCACAAGCAGUGAGGAGAAACAGAACGACCACGUGAAUACGGUUCCAGGCUACACGACCGCCGCAGAAGCAGCAAAGGAAACGCAGUCUCUCUCGCGCGCAGAGGGUGGUGUAAAAGUGCCAGCCCGUGAAGAAGACGCGUCUGCGAAGGUCCAAGAAAAGCAAAAACAACUCGGCGAAGAGGAUGUGGAAAAUCAUCCCGAGCUUGACCCCUUGAAGAUGGCGGAUGAUGUGUUGAAAAAGAAGGAUGGUGGGAUGUUGGAAGGGAAUCCCGAUCCUGACACCAGAAGCACUGCAGGAGUUGUAGAGAACAACUUCGAGGACGUGGUCAAGCAUCGUGGUUCGAGUGAACUGCAGCUGUCAGAAGAAGAGUUACGCCGGAAGGGGGAGAAAGACGCCAGGGACGGGAAAAAUGCAGAGAAGAAAAAGCCGAUUACGCAUGCGAAUAUCUGUUUGCUUUUUCAUCAUCGCUGACUCAAGUCGAGGUUCUUGUUCUUCAUGUAUGUUAAAUUGCAUGAUGCCGUAAAUUGUGUGCGUGUCAUCUUGAUAUAAUGCGUAGAGAAAAUAUCAGAACAAAAAAACACUGGAUCUUCGCUGCUAUCGUGACUUGAGUCCGAAUUUUCCAAGCAUGCUGAAGAAAAUGGCAGUUACGUACCAAAAUUACCAAGACGCCGAUGCCGAUGAGGAGGUGUCGCCCGUGAACGAGGAAGCCACGAUGAAAAAGCUGAAGCGCGAAGUGAAAAACGCGUUCGGGGGCCAGGAAUCCCGGGCCGCGAUCAUGGACACGCGCAAGCAGCUGCAGCGAUUGGACCAAGUCUUAUCCAAGAAAAAAACUGUGUUAGUGUAACUAUCUUUGGCUGACAGCAUCACAAAUUUGCUCUACAUUGACAGAGAAAACCUGUCAUGCGUGGCUUGUAAGGGAAAACACACAGGAAAAGAGAACUUCGUGGCUGUCUGGCAUGACAGGUGUAAGUCUGUUGCGUGUUCUGCAUUUUACAGAUUUACACUUACACAGUUUUUUUCUUGCACAAGUCUCCAUGAAGCUGUACUACAACAUCACCACUUUUCUCCGGGAUCUCGACACCUACUACAAAUCGCUGAGCCGCGUGGAGUCCAACUUCUGGAAGUUGGCGGAAGUGGAUGUCACCGACCUGCUGCAGGACUACGACGCCCACGUGGAGAAGCGGCUGCAACUAGUCACGACGAAACUCGGCUCGGAACUCUCCGUGCCCGGGGUGUACGGGGGGAGGAGUAGCGGGAAAAGUUCUAGCGCUUCUGCCGAAGGAGAAAAAGAAGAAAAACCGGCGUCGAUGCUGCAACUGCUAGGAGUGGUGAAGAAAUUCAAACAAGGCUAUCGGAAGACAAACAUAGGUGGUGCGGCGCGCAAAGCGUAUUCGCACAGCAAAGACAUCAACAACGGCAAAGUGAAUCACCACGGGACAAAACAAGAGGGAAAACGGCAGCAAGUGACGCGAGGAGGCGACGAUCAUCUGGUUAAUACGCGAAGUGGCAGCACGUCUGCGGAACAACAAAACCAUCAAACGAGCGACAAGAACACCAUAAACUACGCCACCGCUGACAGUAGGAUUGUCAGCCUCCCGGAACAAAAAGGUCGAGGUGAAGGAAACGUAGACGCCGGAUUGUAUGCAACCCCAACGCCGGAGGACGGUGGUGCGGGGGCAGGUCUGUCGGCACCGCGGCAUACAGCGGAGGGUAGUUCAUCAAGCCCAAAGGAAAACGGUGCCGAAACUACCGCACGAGAGAAGUACUCUACCGCCGCAGCUUCAGUAUGGUCGAGUGCUGCAGAGGACGAGGACGAUCGCGCGGCCGCGUCGGGGGAACAGGUGCAAGGGACCAAUGAGGAAAGAGCUGCCGAGUACCAGGGCGGAAUGCGAGAGGAACAACCAAAUGGGAAGGACACCUACACUGGCGCUGGAGAAGAUAUCAGCAGCUUUCCGCCAUCCAAUACGGAAGCUCCGCCUGCUGUCGCAGCACAACUUUCGGAGGUAGAAGAACUGGAAAUGUGAGAUGCGUGCUGUAUGAUUCCAUGCGCAAACGCAACCUAAAUUUACCAACUUUGUCUGUCUGUGCAACGAAGCGCACUGACAGAGGCAGGGAAAAACUGUAUGAUUUCGUUCUCAUUACCAAGUAGAGCAGAUGAAUUCCUCGCUGUGUCACACUCGAUGGAACCGUGUUGCC